AUGGCAGACCAAUGGGGAGAAGCAAUGUUUGCAGCCAGGCGGCGGGGCGAUGACACAACUCGGGAAUCAGUCUUCGUAUACACUAACACCAAUAACACCAAAGGACCCUUUGAGGGACCCAACUACCACAUUGCCCCAAGAUGGGUUUAUCACGUUGCUACUCUGUGGAUGUUCCUCGUGGUGGUUCUCUCAACCUUCACCAAUGGCCUGGUGCUGGUGGCCACAGUCAAAUUCAAGAAACUACGCCAUCCUCUUAACUGGAUCUUGGUCAACCUUGCUGUUGCCGAUCUCGCAGAGACAUUAAUUGCCAGUACUAUCAGUGUAUGCAACCAGUUCUUUGGCUACUUCAUCCUUGGACACCCGAUGUGUGUUCUUGAGGGUUUCACGGUUGCUACGUGUGGUAUCGCUGGUCUGUGGUGUCUGACUGUAAUCUCGUUUGAGAGAUGGGUGGUGGUAUGCAAACCUUUUGGAAAUAUGAAGUUCGAUAGUAAAAUGGCUAUUGCUGGAAUUGUCUUCACGUGGGUCUGGUCUGCAUUUUGGUGUGCUCCUCCUAUUUUUGGUUGGAGCAGGUAUUGGCCUCAUGGUCUGAAGACCUCCUGCGGACCUGAUGUGUUCAGUGGGAAUGAAGAUCCUGGAGUCCAGUCUUAUAUGAUCACGCUGAUGGUCACCUGUUGCAUCAUCCCCCUGACCAUCAUCAUCAUCUGCUACGCCGCCGUGUGGUUCGCCAUCCACACCGUGGCAGCACAACAGAAAGAAUCCGAAUCGACACAAAAAGCUGAGAAGGAAGUGAGCAGGAUGGUGGUCGUCAUGAUUGCUGCUUAUGUUUUCUGCUGGGGACCCUACACCUUCUUCGUCUGCUUUGGAGUCGCCAACCCUGGCUAUGCCUUCCAUCCGCUGGCAGCGUCCAUGCCUGCCUACUUUGCCAAAAGCGCCACCAUCUACAACCCCAUUAUCUAUGUCUUCAUGAACCGACAGUUCCGCUCAUGCAUUAUGCAGCUUUUUGGAAAGAAGGUUGAUGAUGGUUCUGAGGUGUCUUCUACAUCCAAGACAGAGGUCUCCUCCGUCGCACCUGCGUAAAACACCUCAUCCCCCUUACAACAAAAGAAUGUUGGACCUGUGGACAUGCUCUUCCUGUUACUGAAUGUUCUCCUUUAACAUCCAGAAUUGUUAAGGAAGUGGAAUCCGAUAUUCUGUCAGUGUUUGGUAAGAAGAGUUCUGCAUCAUGUAACACUACAUUUGCUGAAAUGGUGUAAGAACUAUCUGUAAAAAUUAUUUUUACAUUGUAUAAUCUCUAAAAGAAAGAAG